AUGGAAGAGAGGGAGGGACAUCAAACAAGAGACUGCAUCACAGUGGCUGCCAUCGGCUAUCUGCCAUGGAAACCUACCCACAGGAUGACCCAGGGAGCUGGUUCCCAAUGCAAGACAACGGAUCCUUACCCUGGUUUGCCAUACAGCCCCUUCCGCUCAGCCGUCCUGGAACCGCGACGCAUACUGACCGCUGACAUACAGCAGGAUCAUGCUAAACCCAUGGAGGGUAUCGGCUCAGAUGACGUCUAA